AUGAUGGAGGGGACAAUCUUGAUCCCCCCUGACGACUUGUCUGCCAUCAGCCGUUCCGUUGUCAAGAUUGUUGAGAUGAAGCGGGACGACGAUGUUUUGCAGGACUCCACGGAAGAAAUGCCUCCCCGAAGACCGAGCAUCGAUCAGGCUGGCUGGAAAUCCUUCCUUGCACACCCAUUCCGCUCAGCAGCAGACUACAUGAAGCGACUGGAAGCGAACUUCGGAUGGAAGUUUCUCGUCAUGUUGCUGUCGGCUUACUUCGGCGUCAAGGGAGCUCUCUACACAUUCACAGGGCUCGUUCAGCUUCCCUACUAUAAGAAGCUCGGGGUGGACGGCAGGCAGUAUCAGAUCUAUGGCUCUAUCGCAGUCACUCCCUUCGCCAUGAAAGGAUUCUUCGGCACAAUCUCUGAUGUGUGGCCGAUGGCGGGAUAUCACAAGAACUCCUACAUCCUCCUAGCUGCCGCCCUGGGCUCUUUGAGCUUCCUCUUGCUGGGAAGUUUCAAGCUUUCUGCCGGCAUGUCUGCUUGCCUCUUCUUCCUUGCGAGCGUGGAAACUGCUGUGGUGGACCUACUGUGCGAAGGGAAGUACGCAGAGCUGAUGCGCAUGCGACCGCAUACGGGAGGAGACAUCGUCACCUGGGUGUGGGCGACCUACCAUGUGGGAAGUUUAUGUGCAGCUGGGAUAACAGGCCCUAUCUCGGACAAGGGACACAUCUCGAGUAUCUUCUGGAUCUGCUUUCCUAUAGCAGCACAGGUCAUGAUUCCAGUAGCCCUCGGCUGGCUGAGCGACCCUGUACAACCUGCGUCGAUGAGAGGAUUCCGAUGGAACAAGUUCAAAGAGCACCAGAAGCUCUUCGGUCUUGCGCUCUGCAUGGCCCUUGCCGCUCUAGUGCAAGCGAUCAUCAACCUCUACUUCUCUAAGCAGAUUGCCGUGCAGCUCGGCUAUACCAUCACAGUAUCUGCCGUCCUGUGUGUGAUGGCAGGAGGAGCGCUCGACUACUGGUUCACUGCUGAGGAGGAGUGCGUGCCUGGCGGUCCUCACUUCGACUACACCUACUACAGCACCUACGUUCGCAUCGUCGGAUCCAUAGCCGCAUGGGCCGGCGUCAUCCUCUUCCAGGCGAUCAUGGGAAACUGGCGGCUACGUCGCAUUUUCUGGGUCUCGGUGGUUCUGCGAUGUGCCGGGGGGAUUUUUGACAUCCUCAUCGUCAAUCGGGAUAUCGGACAAGACCAUGUACAUGGUGAUCUUUUUUGUGGUUCUCUGCAUCGAAUGACGGGAGGCAAGAUCGGGGACGCCAUCAUCUACGAAGUUUGCUAUACCCUCAACUUCAUGCCUGCCGUCGUUCUCACCUCGAAGCUCUGCGCGAAGGACCUGGAAGCCACGACCUACGCGAUGCUCGCCGGCUUCCAGAACUUCGGUCAGCAAGUCUCCCGCACUGUCGGCGUCUUCUUCAUCACCAUCUUCAACAUCCGCACAGACGCGCCUUGCAGCUGGGACGGCCUGUCUCUCCUGAUCGCCGUCGCGCACAUCUUCCUGCCUCUUCUCCUCGUCCCCCUCACCUUCUACUUGAUCCCUGAUCUCAAGAUCACCGACGAUCUUCUCGGCGGCACGGGAGCCCCGCAGGAGGAGGAGGAGGAGAGCGAUAGGAGGGAGAGAGAGAUGAGCAACGUGUCUGAUCUGUCGAUCAAGUCAGACAGAGCGCCUCUGCUGUAA